CCUUCUUCUUUUUGAAGGCCGCAGCUGCGAUUUCGAGCGAGUUUCUAUCCGUUUGCUGGGAUCCGGUCGGGAUCUGAGAGUUCUUUACGUUGAAGGUGUCCUUUCAUAGCGUUCUGGGCGAGGGAGGGCGAGAGACGGGAUGGAGAAUUUGAUUUCUUUGGUGAAUAAGCUGCAGAGGGCUUGCAAUGCCCUCGGAGAUCACGGGGAGGAGAGCGCGCUGCCGACGCUAUGGGAUUCGCUGCCGGCGAUUGCCGUCGUCGGGGGGCAGCAUUGCCUUUUUUUGGAAUUAUCAAGGGAAAAGCCUAAUAGAAAUUCAGCAAAAUGGUCUCAGAAAGCGAUUUGUUUAAGGUUUCAGGACCUGUACAUCUAACCUCUGUGAACUGGAACUGCCCACAUCACCAGAGAUCUAUUGCUGCUACUCUGGUUCAGGGUGCAUAUGUCCUAGAGCAUGACCGUCAAAAAAACCGCCAUGGUCCGGAAGCCUGUGCACCAGCCUGGUGGGAAAAUUUUCAUUUCGAACUUAUCCGUAAACUUGUUGAUGUUGAUGAUUUUUCCAUCUUUGGUGCCAUCUAUGAAUUCAAAUCCCCUUCCUCCAUCCAAAACUCAUCAAACGGCAAUGCCCCAAAAUUUGUCAUUGCUUUCCGAGGUAACCUCUUCAAGAAAGAAUCUAUUUCUCAGGAUCUUAAACUGGAUAUCCGCUUCUUAAUAAAUGACCUUGAUCGGACUCCCCGCUUUGAAAUUGCGAUGCAAGCUGUUCGGAACCUGGUUUCAGCUGGAGGUCAGAAUGUAUGGUUAGCUGGUCAUUCUUUGGGGUCAGCAAUUACAACACUUGCUGGAAAAAAUAUGGCUAAGACAGGUAUCAAUCUUAGAACCUUUCUCUUUAAUCCACCAUUCAUCUCUGCCCCACUUGAGAGGAUCAAAGAAGAGAAGGUGAAGCAGGGAAUCAGGAUUGCUAAAAGCUUUAUCACAGCUGGACUUGCAGUGGCUGUAAGAGGUCAUGAUAAUAGCUCUGAGGGUUCCUUUGCCAUGCUAGCAUCAUGGGUUCCAAAUCUUUUUGUUAACCCAGCGGAUGUUAUCUGCUCGGAAUAUAUUGGAUACUUUGAACACCGGAAAACGAUGGAGAAGAUUGGGGCAGGACAUAUAGAGAAGCUGGCAACACAGACUUCAGGCAGGCACAUGGUAAGGAGUCUUUUCUUGAGUGAACCUGGAAAGGAGUCUGAGCCAUUGCGCCUUCUUCCAUCAGCAAGAUUGACAAGAAAUUUGAGCCCUUCCCCAGACUUCAGGCAGGCACAUGGUAUCCGGCAGUGGUGGGAACCGGAUCUAAAUUUGCAAUGCGAGGAAUACAUUUACAACUGAAAUGAAGCACAACAAUUUUUACAGUUUAUAUGAAGCACAGUAAUUUCUUGUUCUUUAGUGUAGGCAGUAGUAUGGCAACAUUAAAUGCGUGCAACUUCAUAGGUUAUCAAUACAUUGUGAAGUUUCUGUUG